AUGGAUGAGAGCAGAGGGCGACACCCCCGCCCGCCUCCCCUCCCUCCCUCCCCUCGGCGGCCCGGCCCGGCCCCCCCGCGGCGGGGCGGGCGGGCGGCUCCGAGCGCGCCUCUCCACUCCGCCGCGCCGAGACAGCGAGCGGGCGGCAGCUCUCGCCGGGCGCCGGAGCCCACGGGAGCCGGAGGGCGCGGGCCGGGGCCGGGGCCGCGGCGGCGGCGGCGGCGGGGCCCGGCGGCGGCGGGAUCGCGGCGAGUUGGCGGCGGCCCGAGCUCGCCGGAAAGUUGGUGCCGGCUGAGCCGGAGGCGCCCGCUCGCCAUGCAGAGACCCGGCGGCCAGGGGACCGCCUUCUCCAUCGACUCGCUCAUCGGGACGCCGCCGCCGCGCUCCGGGCACCUGCUCUACACCGGGUACCCCAUGUUCAUGCCGUACCGGCCGCUGGUGCUCCCGCAGGCGCUGUCCCACGCCCCGCUGCAGUCGGGGCUGCCGCCGCUGGCCCCGCUCGCUUCCUUCGCCGGCCGCCUCACCAACACCUUCUGCGCCAGCCUGGGCCAGGCCGUGCCCUCCAUGGUGGCGCUCACCACCGCCCUGCCCAGUUUCUCCGAGCCCCCCGACGGCUUCUACCCCCCGCAGGAGCUGCCCCCGCCGCGCGCCGCCCCCGACGCGGGCUGCCGGCGCGGCGCCGACGGGCUGGAGGCGGAGGAGCUGCCCCCGGGCCGCGACAAGGGCCCGCCCGAGCCGCCGCUGCACUUCCCGGAGCCCUUCCCCGGCCUGGCAGACGGCAAGGCGUACAGCUCCGACGAGGAGAAGCUGGAGGUGAAGUCGGCGGCGACGCCGUGCAGCGAGCGGGAGGAGGAGAGCUCGGCGGGCGAGAGCGAGGAGGAGCCCUUCCUGGACGGGGCUGCCGCCGGCGCCGCGCUGGGAGCCAAGGGCAAGGGCAAGGGCGGCCCCGCCGCCGAGCAGCCCCCGCCGGGCUCCGGGGCCGGGAAGAGCCGCCGGCGCCGCACGGCCUUCACCAGCGAGCAGCUGCUGGAGCUGGAGAAGGAGUUCCACUGCAAGAAGUACCUGAGCCUGACGGAGCGCUCGCAGAUCGCGCACGCCCUGAAGCUGAGCGAGGUGCAGGUGAAGAUCUGGUUCCAGAACCGCCGCGCCAAGUGGAAACGCAUCAAGGCUGGCAAUGUCAGCAACCGCUCCGGAGAGCCCGUCCGCAACCCCAAGAUCGUGGUGCCCAUCCCGGUGCACGUCAAUCGCUUCGCCGUGCGCAGCCAGCACCAGCAGAUCGAGCAGGGCGCCCGGCCCUGAGCCCGGCCGGCUCCCGGACCCUGGGGCGGGCGGCGGCGGCGCUCCCCCUCCUGUGUACAUGUCCCUUAUUUAUUCCGUGUAAACUCUGUACAUACGGCAGCGUGUCCUUCUGUCCGUGCCAC